AUGGCACAACACCUAUCCCCUGAAGUGCUUUUUCACAUUUUCACAAAUUUUUCAUCACCCGACCAAUAUUUAAAUGGUUUAAUGCUCGUUUGUCGUGAUUGGUACGAAGUCACCAAUUAUGAAAUGUUCUGGUUGGCAACUCUUAAGAAUUUAAUGAAACAACAAAUACACGAUUGUAAAAACAAUGAAAAUUUUGAAACCCUGAUUGAUACCUCUCGUACCAAUAUGGUUGUUAAACAAUCGGAUAUUGUGAAGGAGAGAAAGAAUUAUUUAUCAAGUAUUGAAAAGAGAGAAAAAAUUCUUGUCAUUGAUUUGAAACCAUUCACAAAGAGGAGAGAAACCAAUGAUGAUAUUUAUGGAAAUUCGUAUAAAACCAAGAGUGUUCAAUUCAUUAGGGAAAGGAGAAGGAGAUUAGUGGUUUUGGAGUUGGCUCAAAUUGCUUCCAAAUUUGAAAAUGAUAUUAUUGACCCUCACAUGUUCCAAAAUGAUUGGGAAAAGAUUAUCAAUCAGAUUGAGAAUAGCAAGUAUUAUGAUAAGAAGUUUAUUGCAAAUUUGGGAGUUUUCAAUUCUUCAACAACAAUUUUUCACAUAUUUCUCAAACAAUUUCAGGUGCAUUUCCAUCGUGGAGGUGAUUUUGAUUUUUUAGAUAGAGUUGUUUCAUUCUUUUUAUAUGAUUGUGAACUUUCUGUUUCUUCAUACAUGGAACAUAUUGUAAAAACUAGUGGUUUCAAUUCGUUCUUAAAAGUAAGAGAGAACAAACCAACAAUAUUUGAGAGAUUCAAGAAUGAAUUUUAUUUUACUGGAAAAUCAGGCGUACCUGCACACUUUUUGAGUUGCGUUAUUAGCAGCGCCGACCUGAAAGACGAAAUGCAUUUUGAAUUUAUCAGAAAAUGCAUUGAACUUUUCAAAACUAAGAAAUUGCUAAAAUUCAAAGAGAAUAUGGUAGAGCCAUACAUUACUGAAUAUAUGCAAGCAAUAAUUCCAAAUUGGAUGACAAUGGAACUCUAUUUGAAUGAUAUGAACAUGCUAGAGUGUAAAGGGGUCAAUAGUUAUCUAUUUAUUCAUGAACUUUGCCAAAAGGCAUGGUAUCUUUCACAGGAAAACAGCAAUUCUAUAGUUGCAGAAAACUUGAAGAGAGCCAACAAAGAAUUAGGCCUCAAAUUAGAUAUUCCUAUUCCACGUUCGGUAACUAAUAGAUCGAACAUUGAAAUUCUAAAGGUUUUAGUUGAGAAUGGUGCUGAUAUCAAUUCUCCACCACCCACAUUAAGUGAUUCCACACAAAGUUACCACAUUGGAGUCCCUCUUGCAAGAAUUAUUUAUAAUUGUUACACUUCAUCGAGAACUGAAGAAAUUUUAUACAUGAUAGAGGAAGGAGCAACUCUACCACCAAUGGAUACCCCAAUGCCAACCCCUUUCUACGAAUCAUACACAUAUGCUGAUAUUUUUGAUUAUUAUUUCGAUACUGAGGAGAACAAUUUUUUGCCAACUUUGAAAUUACUUGUGGAAAAGUUUGGAGCUAGAUUUACAGGAGCUGUUCCAGUUAUUGAAAAUGUGAGAUACGCUAGUAACGCAAUAACUUUUUCUGGAUUAUGUGAACUAUUGCGUUAUUUGAAACAAGUCACAACAAUGAAUAAGGAAAUAAUUUGCACACCUCUGACUUACAUUUAUUGUGAUUGGGGACGAUCUAUUGUAAAGGAUGAUUUGGAUAAGAAGGAACUAUUCAGAGAAUUUUUGGAAAAUGAAAUGGAUAUUCACCUAGUUGAAGAAAUAAUUGAGGAACACGUCGAGGUCGAGGUUACACAAGAUGAAUAA